CAUUCCUAUAUACACAUAUAUAUAUACAUAUACACAUAAGAAUUCAAACAGUUUCAGUUUCUCAGUAAAUUGUUCUAUAUAAGAUACUGAACAAGUAUUGCUAAUAUUUCAAAAGCCUAGAAACACAGAACUACUUCAACAGACACCUGAUAACGACUGUUAAAAAGUUCAAUACUAAAACUUCAGUUAUAUCGUUCUUUAACAUGGUUCGAAACACGCAAAAAUUUAGCCGCCUGCGAUCUCUAGGCAUUGUUACAGCAGGUGCCUCAGUCCUGUUCAUGGGCCUAACGGCCUAUAACAAUCAGGAUAACUUAUGCGGCGCAUUUGUCAUGCCGUUUGUGCGCAUGCUGCCCGCUGAAACAAGCCACAAUUUGGCGGUGUGGGCUUGCAAGUAUCGUCUCUAUCCUGCCUCUGAUCACACGGACGAUCUAAAUCUGCAUUCCUCGUUCUUUGGUCGCCUCGUCAGCAAUCCGAUUGGCAUUGCAGCCGGUUUUGAUAAGAACGCAGAGGCAAUUAUGGGCCUAAAGGAUUUGGGUUUUGGCUUCAUUGAGGUAGGUAGCGUGACGCCUUUGGCCCAAAGUGGAAAUCCCAAGCCGCGCGUUUUUCGGUUAGUUGAUGAUCGGGCCAUCAUCAAUCGCUAUGGCUUUAACAGCGAUGGCCACCAGGUAGUUAUGCAGCGCUUAAAGGAUCUUCGCAAACGCGAGGAUUUUAAUGCUGUUGUGGGUGUAAAUCUGGGCAGGAAUCGCGAUACGAUGACCCCAAUUGGCGACUACGUGAAAGGAGUGUUUGCCUUUGGACCCGUCGCAGAUUAUCUGGUCAUCAAUGUCAGUAGCCCUAAUACAAAAGGACUGCGUGACAUGCAGGGUAAGAAGGAACUCACAGAACUGCUGGAAGCAGUAAAUGCAGCUCGUGCCAAACUCAAAACGAAUCAAAAUGUGCCAAUACUGCUGAAACUAUCGCCCGAUCUGGAACUGCGCGAACUGAUUGAUAUCGUCUCUGUCAUCAACAAUAAGAAAUGCCGCAUAGAUGGUUUAAUUGUCUCAAAUACCACCAUCUCCCGUGAUAAUAUCAGUGAUGUUUCGUUGGCCAAUGAGACGGGCGGCUUAAGUGGCGAACCGUUGCGGGAACGAUCUACCAGGCUGAUUGCUCAAGUUUACUCACUCACCAAGGGCAGUAUACCCAUUAUAGGAGUGGGUGGUGUGGCCUCUGGAGCUGAUGCGUUCGAAAAAAUCGAGGCUGGCGCCUCAUUCGUUCAAAUCUAUACAGCUCUUGUAUACGAAGGGCCCGAUCUCGUGGAGCGCAUCAAAUGCGACCUCUCACUGCGGAUCAGUGAACUGGGCUUACCCAACGUCGGGAAUGCUGUUGGUUCCAAUUACUUAAAAUAUUUGCCUUAAAACUGUGCAUAAA